AUGAUCGGUGUUACAAAUUGUAAUGCGCAUGUGACCAAACAAACUUUACCAGAAACUGGUGCAUGUGAAAAAACCACUCCCUCUAUCUCAUCAUCUCAAAUUUCUUAUUUGGAAGAUAUAGUAAAUGAGAAUGGCGAAUUUUCAGAAAUCGUAAAUGUAUUUGAUGGCUUUUCAGAUUCUAACUCUGAUGGUAGUGAGGAUGAUAAUGAGUUUUUAGGUAAGGAAGAUAAAUUUUUACCGGAGACUAAG